CUCACAUACACGAUACAUUCCGUUCUCGACACACAGACGCACACCAAGCAAACAAGAGCGGGCGUUCGCUACGAGCAGAAUUUUGUAGAGACCACCGUCAAAAAGUGUCAGCAUGCGGUCCAUCGUAAUCGCGUUCCUCGUUUGGCAAUGCUUCUCGCAUGGGAUCGUCUCUCAAGCUCGAACAGAGACGUCGCCACCGACAGUUAGAUCCACGCACUCGGAUGUGAACAAAAUAAUUGCCGAUGCCAACGACAGAAAAGACCCAGUCAUCGUCGCGAAGAAUGGGAGUGUUUCGGAUGAACUUCGCAUAGAUCCCGCCGCUGGUGAACUACCUGUCGAGGCCAGUCAAGCGGAAGUUGCAUCGGAUCCGAUUUCGCGUGAAAAUGUCGCGAAGACCCGUUCCAGAGUGAGGGCUGCUCCAAACGACCAGCGCGAAAUUGACGAUAUCAAUGAGGAUGACGUAAGCGCUUCAAGCGUCGACUCUCGGACCGUAAGACCCUGCGUUACAUCACGUGAUUGCGACUCAUCUCGGAACGAGAGAUGCGUGGAUUCCCCGGCAGGUCUCGUCUGCGCUUGUGGCCAAGGAUAUGUCCGAGACAAAGAUGGCGAAAACUGCGAGAUUGCUGCAGGAAUCGAUCCGGUAGCGAAGGAGUAUGAGGCCGCUUGGCAAGAGCAUCUUCGCAAGCUUCGUGGAAGCGGGGAAGACCGUAACGAUAGAGGAAGCAGACCAGGUCCCCAGGAAUCAUAUGGCCACAUGCCCCGAAAGGAUUUUGUGAGAGGUUUGAACGGAGAGGAUGAGUCCGAUCUUCGAAGAGAAAGAGAAAGUUGGCUUAGAGCGGAACUCCGGAGGAUCGAAGAAGAAACGCCGCAGGAAGUGGGAGCCGACGAGCCACUGAUUCUUGGGGAGCCGUUGAGUUCUUCGGAUGAGUCAGAACGUGCUCCAGGAGGUGGGGACGAGAGCCCGCUGAUCCCAGAGGACCCACAGGCUUCGAUCGAGGGAGCAGUAGAAGUUCCAGCUCUCGAGCGGCCGCGAGCUUCUGAAAGCCGAGCGUCCCGGAUCUCGAUCCCUCAUGGAGUCUCAGGCUCAUCGGAUGGAGAAAACGAACCAUUGACGCUGGAGAAAGCACAAGCCCCUGAAGACGGUCCCGAUGGGAUCUCGACCCCACAUGAAGUACGAGAUUCAUCUGAUAGGAAGCAGGAGGACGAAAAAUCUUCCUCGACGGGAGCGCGAGAUCCCACGAGCGAGCCUUCCCGAGUCUCAACUCCCAACCGCGAAGCUCAAGAUCUCGACGAAGAUGAUCGCUCGGAAUCCCCUCGAGCGUCGGAUUCUGAGGAGAGAAGGCUAAGAGAAAUGCGCGAUACCUCGGCCCCGGAGCAACGGCGAGCUCUUACACACGGACGACCCCGAGAUUUGGCCGUACCGGAGCCGGAAUUCGUCCUGGCCCCUCCGGAUGCCAACAUGGAAUUUCGUCGAAAGCCAAAGUCUUCCUAGUUCGUAGCAAAUGCAGCUAACCGACCGGUUUCUCCGCUGAUAAUUGAGCGAUCCAAGUGCUGCUCCUACCUCUACAUGAAACAGCUAUCUGGGAGACGGAAACUCUUUGUCGAUCACGUCUCUCCGAAGGCGAGGAAGGAGAAAUUUUACAUUAUUAUAUAUUUAGAGCACAAUUGUUAAAUGCUUGUGUUUGUAGGAUUCCAUAAAGUCAACUCAUACACU